UUAGUUCAGAGCUUAUCUUUCUCUUUCCAAUAUGGAAAGAAAAAGAUAAACUAGUGCAACCAGUUCAUCUGUAAAGAACAGACUUAUCGUGACAUUAUAUCAGAACAAAAACAACGAUAUUAAACAAACAAAAACAAUGGCAUUACAUAUAAUAAAUGGAUUGCUAGGUACUGUUAAUCAUUGCAGAAAAGUACCUAAUAGAGGAUUUUUCUAUUGGUUAACAAUAAUAUUUAACAGGGUUGAUCAAGAAAGAAUUCAAUUGAUUGGUCCAGAUCUUGCAUGUGCUGAAUGGCUCUUGAGGAAUGGCGCAAGUGUAAAAUGGAAAAAUUUUUCAAAAUAUUUGAAAGAUUAUAAUAGCUUACCAUCAGAAAAAAAUCAGUAUUACAUUCAAGCUGUAGAUGCUACGGACUCUGGAAUAACUCAUGUAGGAUUUCCAUAUUUUGUUGGUUGCAGGUAUAUUGACAAGAUAAAAUUUGUACGUUGUUUUUACUUGUAUAACACUGCCUUGCCAUUAUUAUCAGUAAUGAAGGAUUCCUUGACUACACUUGAAAUCAGAGAUUGUAAAAGUAUAACUGAUGAAGGAAUACGUAGUUUGAAAAAUCUAAAAAAUCUGAAGACUUUGAAGCUUGCUGGGUUGCCAUACUUGAAAGAUAAGGCUUUGCUCAGGAAAGAACUUACCGAGGCCCUGCCAGAUUGUGCAAUAGAAUUCAAAUAAAUUAUUUAAAGCAUCAAUUUUUUAAUAUCUUAAUAUCUG